GAGAUAUUUUUAUACAGCUUCUCUCUCCUUGGGAGGGGUAGAGCCGGGGAAAACGAAACACACCACAGUUGCGGCGUUGGGAGACAAGGGGCCUUUUAAAUUUGGAUCUUACUGCAUGUUUCUGUUAAUGGGUAGAGGGUGGGCUUUUGGUGAGGCUCCAUUUCUGACCUUGAGUCACUAGUGCUGGCAUUCCUUUGAAGAGACGAGCCGCAGAUUGGCAGGGACAGCUGUGCCCAGCACCGGGGGGGCUGGGACCCAAGCUGGAUGAAUCUCACAACCUAGGCGUGUGCAUUUACACUUCCAAGCUGGGUUCCUCUGUUUUCCCACCAGGGUUCUUAUUCGUGUUCAAUUGCAGGUCAGAAUUACAAGUUCCCUUUAGGAAGACUGUGUCCUUCGGGCAGAUUUAUCACCUGUUUAUCUAAUCUGUCAGCUCUGGAAACUCCAGUCCCUUGGAAACGAUGGCCUUUGGUUUGCUGUAGUCUUUCUUGUUGUUCCCUUUUUGGAUUCUAGUGGUUGUGUGUGCGCUGGAUUUUAUGAAACUUCUGGGCGUGGAAAUGGGUCAGGACCAAACCAAACAGCAGAUCCAGAAAGGACUUCAGCUUUACCAGUCUAACCAGACAGAGAAAGCUUUGCAGGUUUGGACUAAAGUGUUGGAAAAGACCACAGAUGCGGCAGGCAAGUUUCGAGUUCUUGGUUGCCUUAUUACUGCGCAUUCAGAGAUGGGAAGGUAUAAAGACAUGCUAAAGUUUGCAGUGAUCCAGAUAGACACAGCUCGGGAGCUGGAGGAUCCAGACUUCUUGACGGAAAGCUACUUGAAUUUAGCCCGCAGCAAUGAAAAGCUGUGCGAAUUUCAGAAGACCAUCUCCUACUGCAAGACGUGUCUGAACAUGCAGGGGACAUCUGUCAGCCUGCACCUGAAUGGACAGGUGUCGCUGAGCCUGGGGAAUGCCUAUCUGGGCCUCAGCGUGUUCCAGAAGGCCUUGGAAUGCUUUGAGAAGGCCCUGAGAUAUGCUCAUAACAAUGACGACAAGAUGCUGGAGUGUCGGGUCUGCUGCAGCCUGGGGGGCUUCUACACCCAGCUCAAGGACUUUGAGAAGGCCCUCUUCUUUCCAUGUAAGGCAGCUGAACUGGUUAAUGACUAUGGGAAAGGCUGGAGUCUGAAAUACAGAGCGAUGAGUCAAUACCACAUGGCUGUGUCAUAUCGUAAGCUCGGUCGUUUAACAGAUGCGAUGGAGUGUUGCGAGGAGUCAAUGAAGAUAGCAAUGCAACACGGGGAUCGUCCACUUCAAGCUCUCUGCCUCCUGUGCUUUGCUGACAUCCACAGAAGUCAUGGGGACGUUGAGAAAGCAAUUCCACGAUAUGAUUCUUCUAUGGGCAUCAUGACGGAAAUUGGUAAUCGCUUAGGUCAAACGCAAGUGCUGAUGGGAGUCGCCAAGUGUUGGCUACACCAAAAGGAAAUGGACAAGGCCCUGGAUGGACUCCAGAAAGCCCAGGAGUUGGCAGAAGAGAUUGGCAAUAAGCUUUGCCUGUUGAAAGUUCACUGUUUAAGUGAGAUCAUCUGUCGUACAAGACAGCAGCAGCGGGAACUCCGCACUCAUGUCGUCAGGUUCCACGAGUGUGUGGAGGAGAUGGAGCUGUAUUGUGGAAUGUGUGGGGAAUCUAUCGGGGAGAAGAAUUGCCAACUCCAGGCAUUGCCCUGUUCCCACGUCUUUCACCUCCGCUGUCUACAAACCAAUGGAUCUCGUGGUUGUCCCAACUGUCGCCGAUCUUCUGUGAAACCGGGCUUUGUGUGAAUCAGAGGAGCGCUUUUUUCCAAUAUUUACCGAAACUCCAGGACCAGUAUGAAUCAGAGCAGCUGUGCAAAUAGAACAUUGUUGGUCUCUGAGCUUGUCUUGUUGCCAACACCAUAAUCUUGGUGCUACACUCGCACUACCUGCAGCUAUCCUGCCCCUGUCAUACAUAACCUGUUUGUGAAAUCCAAAGGACAAUGAAGAAGCCAGCAAACUCUACAAUGUAUGUACACUGGACUUAUUUUUUCUUGUAAUUUUUUUUUAAUAUAUUUUGUACUUUUCCAUUGAACAGGAAAAUGCUUGAUCGACUUUUUAUAAACUUUGCCUUUUCAAAGUCUAAGAUUGGUGGCGUACACUCAGCUUGGGCUUAGCCGUGAUCUGCAGAGCAAAGCAUGAUGGGGCAUAAGGCCACCAGAAAUACCACCAGGCCAUUAAGGUAUGCUAGUUUAACAUUUUAUUCUAAUUAUACAACAUUAUUUUAAAGAAUUAAUAGUGUUUGAGAGUUGUAUCUUUAAGUUUAUAAACCUUUUCUACAAUCUGCCACCGUUCCAGUCUUCAUGGACUAAUUUACUAAAAUGUAGGAAUGGAUCCACCAUGUAUAUGAAGAGCAGAAUAUAACGAAUGACUGCUUUUGGCUUUACGAAGGGAAAAGGAUGCCAUGUGCGUUCAAAGCCUGAACAGGACUGAAUCACUAAGCGGUUUCUUUAUUCCAUACUUCCACAAAGGCCUGUGGACAUUAGAAGUGAUUUUUUUCGUCCUCUCCGGCAUUUGUGUGGUGCUGCUCUACAUGUCCACAUCUCUUUCUCUGAAGAAAGGGCUUUUAUGUUCCACAAGCCUACCUCCCUCUGUAAAUAAAAUAUGCUGUGUAUUUC